UUCUGUUGAAUCUUAAGUAAGAAUGUUAUCUUUUAACUUUUUGUAAGCUUUUUGAUUAAAGCAAAUUUUCUUUCUAGAUAUUAUGAUGCCAGUACCCGUCAUACCUUUUACUUGUGAGCAGCGAGCAAUACUGAAAAACAAAUCUUUUGUUCUAUUGCUUCAGAAAAUUGGUCUACAUCCAGGAACUAGCGAUUGUUUAAUAUAUCCCAGAAUACCUUUGUCAUGGACUGUUGAUAUUCUUUUUUCAGUUGCUGCUCGUCUUGGUCCGAUUAAAAAAGAAAAAAUGAAAUUUUCUUAUGAAGAAUUAUUGGACGCCUUCUCUAAGAUUGACCCUUUAACUAGGAAGGAGAUUAAUUGUCUUGCACUUCCACCUUUAUCUUCAUGUUGUACUAUGAGUUCAUGGUUAGCAAUGGUUCAGCAAAAUAAAGAACAUUUUAUUUCUACCAAAGGAAAUAAUUAAGUCUAGACAAGUUUGCUUUGAGACACUGUCCAUAAAAAAAAGUUUGGAAGCACAUUAAAAAAUAUGUUUUGAAAACAAUUUCAUAAUGCGUAAAAUACCUAACAAAACAAAUGCACGAUAUCAUUAAAGUUAUGUCAAUCUGUAGUAUUUGUCAAUCUGUAGUAUUAUAAUGUGUAAUGUUAAAAACAUAUUGCAUGAACUGAUUAAGAAAUAUUGUUUUCCAAUAUGUUUGUUAUAGAAAUGUGUUUGUAUAUCGAUUGAUGCAAAUUUUAUUUAAAUGGAAGCAUAAAGUUGUAUUUGAAUAAUAUAAAGUUUAUUGAUAGGAAUCAUUUAUGAAAGAGCUAACUGUAUAUAAAAUAUAUAUCUCAGAUUCUUUAGAUUAUGGGUAUUUUGAAUCCCAAACAGUCCACAAUUCCCUUGUGGAUUUUGCAUUUUAUAAGUAAGACAAGGCUGGUCUUGAAUUUUCAAAUGCUUGUAAAUAUAGAUAUAUAAUGUGUUACAAUUACAUCGUGUGUGCAUGUGUAAUUUCCUCUCAACAACAAUUUAAUGAAUGCAAUCAUAUUGAACUUUUUAUCUUUUAUGAAAUUCGUUGUUUUUUCCAUAGAUUAAAAGAUGUGUGAUUCUUCCACUAAUUCGUGGAUUUCCGCGAACCAAUACUUUAUGUUCCAACAAAAUUUUCUGAGAGUUUCGCUGAUCUAAAAUUUAAAUUUUGCUAUUUGUGCAAACCUCGUUAACAAGACGUUUAUUCCACCCUUACUAGCACGCCAUUCCCCCCCCCCAAGUUCUCAUUAACGUGUGAUUACGACUUUUUUUAUGCAUAUUUGUUGGAACUUCGGAUAAACUUCGAGAUCAUGAGACAAAAGAAAGAAAAAAAUACCUAAUUUUGCCUAGGAUUGAUAAACUACUGAGGCAAACACAAAAGUAUAAAAUUGAUAAUCUAAAAAGUAAUUUCGAAGUGGCAAACAUUUGAAAACUCGUUCACUAGAAAAUCAUUUGCUUUUUUCUCUUUUUUUUAAAACUUAUACUUUAAUGAAUAGCAAAUUUGUUGCAAAUUAGGAUUUGUAGCAGGGGAAUUAUUUAAGCACUGGGAUCUUUUUUUAUUUAGCUACAAGUGGAUUGACUUAAUUUUUAAUGUGGUAUUACAACAUGUAAAUUUCGAGUCAUGCAUUUCAGUUAUCACUUUUCAACGACUUUGACUUUAUCAUAAAUCCGUGUUUCAAUCUUUUUCUUCUUUUACAGUUAAUUUAAUUGAUUUUCUCAUGGUAUUUAAAAUUCUGAUAUUAUUACAUAAUGCAAAAUCUAUGCGGCGUAUCGAUCGGAUUUUUUUGGCAGUUAUUGCUGUUGAUUUCCUCGUGAUAUUUGAAAAUCCCUCGUGAUAUUUGAAUAUUUGAAAUAAUUUUUAUGAUACGAGAAAUUCGAAUCGCAAACUUGAGUAUUCACUAUUUGAUGCAUUGAUUCUAUCGUUUUAAAAAUGUACUUUUUUCACAGUUAUCACUAUUGAUUUCCAUACAUUUUUUUGAAAUCUCUAUAUUCUUAAUACCGUAUUAUUUAUUGCAACAUAUGAAUCUCAAAAUGUAUAUUUAAUUAACCCCUUUUCAUCCGAUUUAUGUCAAUUCAUCGCGCAUACGCAUGAUAUUAUCAUCACUCUUUAUUCAGUUAUUGCCAUGUAUUUCACAGUUUUAAAACUUUUUUUAUGCUCUAAUGACUUGUAAAAUGUGAGAAAGAAGAAAUAUGUUAUUAAUUUCAAUGUAUAUAUGUUGUUGAGAAUUGAUUGUUGUUGAAUGUUAUGUGUUGUUGAGAAAAAAAUUUAUUAGACAAAAAAAAAUUGUCUCUCUUUAAAUUUUAUAAAUGUUACUUUUGAGCAUAAAAAUGAGCAUUUUAUUUUUUUUCUAUAUACAUAAAAAGAUUUUUUUAAAAAAUGUAGCUAUAAAAAAAAAUUGAGAAAAAAAAUUCAGAUAAUUUCUUCUUCCAUCAAUCAUAUGUUUGAUUAGUGAAAAAAUUUAGUAUUUAAACUCUGUUGCUAGUUAAGAAAAGACUAUUGCGGUAUAGGAUUUAAGUAAUCAACCACGACUGCAUAGGUUCCUUUUUUUUUAUCAAAUAAUAUAAGUAUGCUUUCAAAAAAAUUUUAAAUCUUUUAAAAGCUAAGCACAUUAGACAAAAAUUUAAUUCAAGCUAAUCUUUUACAAUAUAUAUAACAAAAUUAUUAAAAAAGAUCAUAAUUUCAAAGUCUUAGGGGAAUCCUAGACUUGGCGACAUAUUACGAUUUUUUUUCAAGAACAUUCAUUCUUGGAAAAAAAGAACUAUAUGACGUUGUGAGAACAUUGGAUUUAAUUGGACCACUAAAAUGGUGCGUCUUAUGCUGACAUGUCCUUAACCAAUCAAGUGCGAGAUAAGGAAUUUUUACUUUUUCACUGUAGAAGAAAAUUGUCUGCAAAAAUAAUAUUUGUUAUUCUUGCUUCAGUUUCUUUAAAUGUAAAUAGAAAAACGUAUAUUUGUUAUGACUUUGAGAUAUCAUGUUUAUUAGUUCUUAUUAUUUGUCAAUUGAUUAUUCAAAAGUUUUGUUUUCCUUAUUUCACACGAUUUAAGAAAGCGAGCAAAAAGAAGGCUACUCAACAUAGUUUCAAGAGUUGACAAUGUUGAUAUACUUUCACGCUGAGAGCUUGGCAUCCAUUUGGCGUACACUUUGAUGCAAACAGCCUCUCCCCAUAGGGAUAAUGAUUUUUUCUUGACUGGCAAAAGAGAAUAUUUCAACAUGACAGAAGAGCUGUCGAAUUCUUAUGAAAAAUUAAAAAUUAUGGUGAAACUUUUCAAUAAUCUGUUUCCUGUAAACCGGGGGCUCUUGGCACAGAACUGUCAGGGGCCCUUUGGUUGUUACUUUAAACAAAAUUUACAAACUUUUUAAUAAUAAAGUGUUUUUAAAUUA